ACAACAUCUUUAAAAAUUCACUAAAUAUCCCUAAAAUAACGUCUUCUACAGUCGUUUGUAUGUUUGGUCAGUUCAAGAUGUAAUUAUUAAAUAUUUUAAUUUCGGUUAAUAUUAGAAAUGAUACAUAACGGUGUGGAAAUGUCCAUGGAUAAGAUAUGUAGGUCAUGUAUGACCGAAACUCCUGAGGCCAAGAAUGUUUUUGAAAACUGCAUGAUUGAUCAAACUUUUCUAAUUGCGGACGUUUUAAUGGCCUGUGCCUCCGUUGUUGUUAAUGUUGAAGAUGGUUUACCUAAAAGAAUAUGUUCAAUCUGUGAAGACAAACUUUCUGUUGCUUACCUUUUUAAGCAACAAUGUGAAAAAGCUGACAAUACAUUACGUGAACUGACCAAUCAGCAACGAAGAGAAGAUAUUGAGGUCAAACCGGAUGUUGAUAUUGAUGAUUUUUAUAAUGAUGCAGAUAAUGUAUCCACAGACUCGGAAAUCCAAUACACACCCAAGACCAAAUCAUCAAAAGUUCAUUUAAAAUGUGAUUUUUGCAACAAAAAUUUUCGUUCUAAAAAUGGCUACCAACUCCACAUGAAAAGACACACAAAAGAACCUUUAUUAACUUGCCACAUAUGUAAUAAAAAAUUCACUAAAGCCUUGUUAUUUAAACAUUUACAAACAGAUCAUGAAGUUAAUGUUGAAGGAGAUAAUUUUCCAUGUACUCAUUGUGAAUUAAGAUUUCACACUUUAUCGUCACUGGAUACCCAUAUGAAAGAACAUAGGAAACAAAAUGAUGGUUGUAUAAAACAGGAAUGUGAUGAUGAUGAUGAAGAUGAAACAGAAAUUAAGAAUGAAUGUGAUCUUGAUGAUGUAAAACCUGAUGAAGAUGGUAAAUAUUCUUGUAAACAUUGUGCAAAAGUUUUAGCUAAUUUGGAAGAUUUAAAAGUGCAUUUACGGAGACAUACAGGAAUUAGUUUAUUUUCUUGUAAGAUAUGCAAUAAAGCUUACGAAAAAAGUAAUCAUUUAAAACGUCAUAUGUCUUCGCAUAAAAAGAAAUUAAAAUUAACAUCAGUUAAGCAUGAAUCAAGGGAUAGAAAGGUAAUGCAAUGUGAAUUUUGUGAUAGAAAAUUUAAAUAUAAAAAAAGCUUUACACACCAUAUGCAAACAGAACAUGGAAUCUCCGAUGAUAGCGACACCCCUCUAAGUAUUCUUGUAGCGAAAAACGAGAGAAAAUCAUCGACGAGAGGUGGUCUUCGCGAUAAAGAAGAAACUGAAUCGGCUGAUAGCGAUUUGGGUAAUUUAGAUGAAACAGAUAAUUUAGAUCCAAAUCAAGAAGACGGAUCCAUUAAUUCUAAACCGCGUAAAGUUCAUAUGUGUCACGUUUGUAACGCAAAAUUUGUCCGUUCGAAUCAUUUAACGCGUCACAUGACCCUUCAUCGUAAUGUACUCAUUCACAAAUGUGAACGUUGCGACAAAGCGUUUGCCAGUGAAGAAUUUUUAUCAAAACACAUGAAAGAGGACCAUAUUGAUAAACCGUACACUUGCACGGUUUGUAAUAAAACGUAUACGAGAGGUGAACAUCUCAUUAGACAUUUAAAAAUUCAUUUAAAUCCAUUGGAAUUGGAUAUCAAGUGUUCUGUUUGUGAGAGAGUAUUUCAAAGAUCUGAUCACUUAGCAAGGCAUAUCAAAUUACAUUUGCAACAGGAUAAAAGACAUAUUUGUAAUGAGUGUGGAAAAGCUUUUAAUCGAUUGGAUAAUCUUAGGGCUCAUCAAAGGAUUCAUUCUGGGCAAAGAGAUAAUGCCAAAUUGCAUUUAUGUAUAUAUUGUGGAAAAGAAUUUAAUAAUUCAAGUAAUAUGAUAGUACACAUGCGUAGACAUACAGGAGAAAGACCAUACAAAUGCGAUCAAUGUGGUAAAGGUUUUCCAAGAUCGCACGAUUUAAAAUGUCACGAAAGAACUCACUCGGGUGAAAAACCAUAUAAAUGCACUAUGUGUUCAAAAGCAUUCAACAAAAGUAACAAACUGCUUAGACAUACAAGAGUACAUACAGGUGAACGUCCGUAUGUUUGUAAUUUAUGUGGAAGAGCUUUUACACAAUCAAACGAUUUAGCAUUACACAUGCGUAGACACACAGGUUCUCGUCCAUACGCUUGUGGAGUUUGUCCGGCGAGGUUUAUUCAAUCCGGACAAUUAAAAGCGCACAAACGUUCAACAGGACAUUGGAAAGAGAUUCCACCAGAUCUAAAAGGAGGGCAUCGUGUAGAACCUGUUGCACCAGUUGGAGAACCAGCACCAAUUCGAUUUAAAACUCACGGCAAAAAACGUUCCCUUGAAGAAGAAGAAUUAUUAGCGGAAGGGGUUGGUCCAAUGAUUGUUCAUAAUCCUGUCGUAGCUCCAAUUAUAGCUGAAAAUGUAUACGUUCAAAUACAGGAUGGACAACAAAUUGGACAAGAACAACAAAUAACGAUGAGUAAUGUUAGUAUAACGUAUGAAGAUGGUGGAGUUGGGGUAAUUGGUGGUGAUAUGGGAAUGAAAGAGGAAGUACAAAGUUAUAAAGCGGAACCGGGUGUGGCCCCAUUAAAACCAGAAAAUAACGGGACAUUCCAAACGUACGCAAGUGACGUGCAAACGCCUACAACUUACACUAAUAGCUUUACGUACCAAUCAUAUUAAUGAUAAUAAUAAUAUAUUUUUUAAAAAAAUACGAUAUAAUAAAUGUAAAUUUUUAUUCGGAGAAACGAAAUAUUUACGUAUACAGACAAAAUGGUUAAUCUUGCAAGAACUCAUUUUGGAAUUCAGAAAUUUAUUAACGUGUAAGUUUCUGGGUUAUAAAAUUUUUUUCUUGUUAGAUUUUAGAAUGUUGAUGAUUUUUAGAGAGAGGGAUAAUUUUGACAAUACUUGGACAAAAAAACCACACCUAAAUAUAUUUAACACAGAAAAAGUUAUUAAUACAGAUAUUAUCAAUUUUUUAUGUUACUUUUAAGGUCCUUUAAACCUAAUUUUUUACUAUAUAUUUUUCCGCUUUGAAUUCAAUACUUAUGUGUGUAUGAUUUUAAAUAUAAAUAAAUUGUUUAAUUUAU